CUAUAUUUGCCCCGACCCAAGAAGGGUUUUUGAGGGGUUUCCAAUUACAUCGUCACUUUCACUUUUCAUUGCAGAGCCAGACGGUGAUCUCAAGAUGAUGCGAAUAACCGAAAUCGCAAAAUCCAAACCCUUGACCUCAUCAAUCGAAACCCUAGGUCACAAUUUCAUACAAAAAUGCUUCGUCAGUCGAACAGCAAAAGGAAAAGGCAAACUCAAAGCAGGGCAACCACUGAAAAGAUCAAAAGUCACAACGAAGAAAGGCGCAGAAGCCGCUAUGAAAGAACCACCGAGAAGAAAAAACGAAUUCGACGAAAUGGUUGAAGAAUGCUUAUCGUCUACUGCUCCAGUGAGAUCAUUGAAGCCCAAAGAACAAGCCCGAGAAGCUGAAAGAGAGAGAAUGGGAUUAAUUAGCAAAGCUCGAGAUGAAGAGCUAAAAAAGAUGAACAAGAUGAAGAAGGAGUUUGAAAAUCCAUGGCCAAUUGGGCCACCGGGUUUGGAUUUGAUUUCACUUGGGCUUGUUGAUGUAGAGAAGCUUCCCAAGUACGAAAUGACAGUUGAAGAUGGAAGGAGGCUGGCAAAGGAGUACAGUAGGGUUUUAAUGCGUAAGCAUAGACAGAGGCAAGCUGCUGAGACGACAUUGUUGAGGUUGAAGAAAGAGGCGAUUGAGGCUUUACCCGAGAAUUUGAAAGCUGCUGCUUUGGUCCCUGAUUUGACACCGUUCCCUGUGAAUCGGUUUAUGGCUACUUUAACGCCGCCUAUUGAAGGUUAUAUUGAGAAGGUUAACGAGGCAGCUAAGAAGAGUUCUGCAAAGGAGAAGCUUAGAUGAUUGUGAAAGUUGGAAGCAUUCUUUUAUGGAGAUUGCAAUGUUUUCUGGUGGCUUUGUAGCAGUAUGCAUCCAUUAUUUAGCAGCAAGAGGGCACUGGAAAACAAGAAGUUGAAUAAGCCUUGUAAACGCAUAGACAGCCUGGCAACGAUUCACUUUGUUUUGGUUAAACUGGCGUCUUUUGUUUUUUUUGAUAUGCCAUGUCUUGCUACGCCACAAUAUACUUGGUCCAUUGCACUAGGUUUUGUAUUAGUUAUAAAUCUCUUGAUCAGGUUGCUUUACUUAUUGGUUGUUAAUACCACUUUCUGGGAUCAAUAUCCUUUUUACGGUGGAGU